AUGACGAAAAAUGAACCAUCAAGUGGUACUAAAUUUAAUCUGCGACGAAAAACGGUUCGCAGGACAAAAAAUACAUGUACACAUCCGCCUCCUCGCCUCGACCUGGCCAAGCCGAACCAAAUCCCCCUAGCCGCCGCCGACCUCAACCCGCCCGCGGCCACGGCCGCACCUCUGCCCGCUCGCCUCCAGUACGAUGGUGUCGGAGGCCUGGUCCGGGGGCGCGCGGAGGAUUCCACUUUAGCCGAGGGACGGCAACGCGGCGGCCUCCCCGUCAGUCGCCAUCGGCUUUGCCAAAUUGAAGGCGUAGGCAUAGGCGCGGGCGGCUGCGUCUCCGCCGUCGGCGAGGUCCUAUGCCAGCCGUGCCGAGGCGGAGAGCACGGCGGCUGCGGUGAGGGAGAAGGAGGUGUGCUGGCAGAGGAGCUAGAGAAGGCGCGGGAGCGGUGGGGCCGGCUGCGGGACGCGAGGCAGGUCACGGAGAGGGUGCUGGCGGAGGCAGACGAGGCGCCGCGGCGGGAGAUGCGGGAGUGGGAGUGCAGGGCGGACGAGCAGCGCCGGGUCGUGGCAGAGCUGAUGCGCCUCAUCGGGAUGCCGGAGAACGGCGCCGGCGAGAUCCAGCGGGCGUGGGAGAAGGAGGGAUCCGGCGCGGCGACACGAAGGUGGAGGCGGGCCUCUGUGGCUAGCAGGGAGAGCUCCAAGGUCAUGGCGGGGCUUCGAUUUUUCUGGUAGAAAAGAGAGACAAAGGAGGAGGAGAGGUAGCUGGAAGAAGGAACGGUGCAACACGGGUGCAGCAGUGCGAGGACACUGGUCUUGCGCGUGAGGAGCUCCUCUCCUCGGGAGGAUCGGGAGGGAGCGAGUGAAACUAAAUCCACUUCAGAGCAAGGUACUGUUGUAGAACUACGAAGAAGCAAGCUGACGAGAUGCACUGCAGUUUUGUCAUGCGUUAAACUUCUCAAUGGUUGACCAUGGAAAAUCUGUGUAGUUCUCAUUUUCCACAUAUGUUUCUGGUCUCAAGGAGAAUUCUUAUUCCUUUUGGAAUUACCAUCUUUAAACAUUGUAGAUUCCAAUCUCUUGCUUAUUUACAUCAAAGACUGUUUUUCAAA